CCCAAUAUCUGGGGCGGAGAAGCGCCAAACCCUAAACCUGAGGGUUAGUUUCGAAAACGUGGAACGUGACAUGGAAACGGAAUCGAAGAAGGAAGUUGAAGUGGCUCCGGCUCUCAUCGCCGUUCACCCGGAGGAAUGCUCCGUUGCCGUGGCGGUUGGACCGGACCUCCGUGUCUUCGACCUUCUUGAUGGUUGUGCAGCUUCUUUAGUAGAUGACUCUGGCGGUGAUCCUUUCCAUAAGGAUAACAUUAGAGCCAUUCGUUUCGGUGCAAAAGGAAAACUCUUCGUAUCAGCCGGUGACGAUAAAACCCUCAAGAUUUGGUCACCGCAAUCAUGGCGUUGCAUUUCUACCGUGUUAUCCGAAAAGAGAGUCACUGCAGUUGCCAUUAGCAAUGAUGGAACCUUCGUUUGCUUCGCUGACAAAUUCGGCCUUGUGUGGGUUGUUGACCUCGAUUCACCGUCGCGUGAUAAGAAACCAACUCCACUUCUUUCUCACUAUUGCAGUAUCAUCACUAGCUUGGAAUUUUCCCCCGAUGGUCGUUUUAUUUUAAGUGCUGAUCGUGAUUUCAAAAUUCGUGUUACUAAUUUUCCCAACAAGCCGUUAAAUGGAGCUCACCAGAUACAAAGUUUCUGUCUUGGUCAUACCGAGUUUGUUUCCUGUCUUGCCUUCGUUCAGGCUCUGGAAUGCCCUCAAGGCCUUCUUCUCUCUGGCAGCGGGGAUUCUACUGUUCGGUUAUGGGAUAUCACCUCUGGAGCUCUUCUAGAUACAUGUGAGAUUGCAAUUAAGGCAGGAUUUUUAGAGUCUAAUGGCAAAGCAGAGGAGCAUAGCCAUGCUGUUACUGAUAUAUGCACCAUCCUGGAUGGUUUACUUGUUGCAGUGGCCAUUCAGAGCUUGCGAGGAAUAGUAUUGUUGAGUUGCAAUAUUCGUGCACAAACUCUCUCUGUUGCCAAGGUGGUCUCUGUUGUAGGAGAGGCCUUUGUCCCCACCUGCUUGGGGAGCAGCCUCUCCACAGCAAAAUUGUGGAUGGUUACUGGUGUCUCUAGUUUACCUGGUUGCAAUUGCCCAUCUUUGGCUCGUGUCCGAGUAAUUUCUGGGAUUGAUGUUGAGCAAGAGUCAGUUGUUCUGGGAGAUGAUAACAUACCUGGGGGAGAAAAGCUGCUAGAAACGUUGCAAGGAACUGCAUCCAUUGAUGACAAUGCAUUUUUAGCGGCAGCAGAAGCCGUCAAAACAGCAAUGUGCAACCUAUUAAUAAAAAAACAAUACCCUGCAGAAAAUAGAGAAACUAGGAAGAAGACCAGAAAUGAUAGAAAACUCAAGGGCUAGCAAUGUAUUUAUUUAUUUUGUUUUUAUUGAUAUAUAUGUAGCAGUUUAGAUUGGUUUCCUUGAUCCCAAAGUUCCCUACGACUAUUCUUGACUCUGUUACCCAUUUUAUUUGUUUUUCUGAUAAACUGUGCAUCUGAAAAUAUUAAAACCAGAGUGCCAUCAAUUUUGUGGACGCAUUUUUAAUUUAUCCGCAACAUCUUGUAACUGUAG